AUGCAAGUUGUUUUAUUGAUACAAAUCAUUUUGCUUUUAAAGGCCACGUCAGCUCACACGGGCAAACAUUUUUCCAAUAAAGGCUUCUUCUGUAAAUCUCCCUCACUGCACCUCAAACUGUUCUUCCCGUGCUGCAGGUCUUUCAAGGGCAAGACGUACCCGUGGGGACGAGAGACGAGCACCUUCAAGGAAACCUACUGCCAACUGGAGACCCUGGAGACCGAUGAGGCCCUGCCGACGGACGAAGGUCACUACACAUGCACCGUCACCGCCUCCAACCGCACCUCCGUCAGCAGGAACAUCAGUCUCUGUGUUAACAUGAACGAGGACAGCUUUGGUGCUCCCGUCAAGUCGAACAUCACAGGAGACUCCAUCGUGCUGCCCGGGGAGGAGAUCACCUUCACGUGCUCAGCCUACGUGGGUCGUCCCAUCUGUCUGAGCCAAGACAAGCACAGCAUCACCUGGGAGAAACUGCUGCACAAUGGGUCUUGGGUCUCAGCCCAGCUCCUGCAUCACGUUCAUACCUUCUGCUCUGAGAAUGAGUCGGGUAAGAUAUGGAGCAACUUGAAGAUCAGCAGGGUACAGGCUGCACACUAUGGCCUCUACCGCUGUACCAUCGUCAACCAUCAUGGUCAUCUCAGCCUCAACGUUACGCUUUUCCGCGGCGUGACGGGGACGAUGUUGGAGGCUGGGCAGUACCGAGCCUCAUUAGCGGUGUUGGCGGCGGUGGUGGUAUUCCUGGUGGUGUCCUCCUGCGUGUGGCGACGCACCAAGAUGAUCAUGGCUCUCUACUGCCGCAGCAAGACCAACACACCGCCAGAUGGUUGUCAGUACGACGUGUUUGUGGUGCACGGCGACUCAGCGUGUGGGUGGGUGUGGACCGUGCUGCUGCCAACACUGGAAGACGUGUACGGCUACACUUGCUUCCUUCCUCAACGUGACUUGUGUGGUGGUGAACUGGUGAUCGAGGUGAUGGCAGCAGCGGUGGCACAGUGCAGACGUGUGGUGGUGGUGGUGACUCCAUGCUUACUGGCCAACCCAUGGGCAGCAUGGGCCAUGUACCAUGCCAUGCAGGCCGCCCUUAAUACUCAGACAAGAGUCCUGGCGCUUGUACUUAAGGAUCUGAAGACUGAGGACGUCCCUGACACCAGUGGUAUCCUUGGCAUCUUGAAGCUGGUGCAAAAGAUCAAUGUCCCUUAUUGCUGUGACUGGCAGGGGGACGAUCCCAGCGAGGAUGUUGCCACUCACCAGCCACUCCACACCACUCAGCAGAUGACUCACACCACUAAAAUCUCUCGGAGCAUCAAGAGAUGCGAGUCGAAAUUGACUUUUCCCCGUGACAUAUCUCCAACCAUCCGAUCACGAUCCAAGUCACCGAAUAAGCAGCGGCUUUCAAAUAUGAUCACUGGAAACAACGCGGCUUCCAAAAAGGACUCGGACGAUGAUAUGAAGAUAAAGGUGGGAGGUCCUGUCAUCUACACAGAAGAGAGUUACGGUCUACAGGACCCCGGGUCACCCUGUUCUCUCACUCCCUUCAUUCUACCUUCCAGUGGUGAGAGCCACGCAGCUCCUAGCAACUCCUCGCUGUUCGAGUCACUGAGGGAGUGCCUCAAGGUGUUGUGUACGGGAGACCACAAGAGGGUCUUCUGGCACACAGUUCGCUGUCACCUGGGUCCUCCAGCUCAGCAGCGCCGUCUUAAUGACCACACAGAGGCAGAGAAACUGUGAG